AUGCUGAAAAAGAUAGCAAUCAUUGGAGAAGGCGUCGUUGGAUGUUCUACGGCCCUCCAAGUUUCGUUAGCACUCCCAAACUCUCAGAUUACUGUACUCCAUGAUCGCCCAUUUGUUGAGACUUGUAGUGCUGGACCAGCAGGAUUAUUUAGAAUUGAUGAUGAAAAUAAUCGGGAUUACGGAAAAUACACUUUUGCUUGGUUUGCACAUCUUUAUCGUACUGAGAAGGGGGACGAAACUGGGGUGAAGCUUCUUUCCGGACAUAUCCAGUCAGAUACCAGAGAGCGAUUGGAACAGCAGCAAAGAGCUUACGGAGAUGUUGUGUACAAUUUUAGAUUUUUAGAAGAGCGAGAAAUUAAGGAAUUAUUCCCGGAGCCAUCAAAACACUGCAUUCACUACACGGCAUUUGCGUCAGAAGGAAAUAAAUAUGUACCUUACCUGAAAUCCAAGUGCAUUGCUAAUAGAGUCCAGUUUAGAGAGCAGAAGGUGGAAAACCUUGAACAGCUUGCUGACGAAGGAUUCGAUAUCCUUGUAAAUUGUGCUGGCCUUAAUGGAGGUAAACUGGCUGGAGACGAUGAUACAGUAUACCCAAUCCGAGGAGUAGUGCUUGAUGUAGACGCACAUUGGCACAAACAUUUCAAUUAUAGAGAUUUUAUAACUUUUACCAUUCCCAAAGAACAGAGCGUUGUAAUUGGAUCGGUGAAACAAGAAAAUAGGUGGGAUUUAGAAAUCACGGAUGUUGAUCGAAAGGAUAUCUUGGAGAGAUAUGUGAAGUUACAUCCAGCCAUGAGGGACCCAAAGAUUCUGGGAGAAUGGUCAGGUUUGCGGCCGGCUCGGAAAGCUAUUCGAAUUGAGAAACAAGAUAAAACAAGUGAGAAAUCGGGAAAACCUUAUACGGUUGUCCAUCACUAUGGUCAUGGCGGAAAUGGUUUCACCCUAGGAUGGGGGACAGCAAUGAAGGCUACCCAGUUGGUGAAAAUGGCAAUACUCGACAACAAAUCUUCUAAGUUGUAA